CGGUUUCCGGGUGAGAUUCGUCAACAGUGAAUUGGCAUUAAAUCAACGUUGAAUUACUUUUUUUACUGAUAAUCAGAAGAGUCUUGUGAGAUCACUCGAGCGGAUCGGACGUCUCCUCUUAUAUCUGGUCAUUUCGAUUAUAUUUUUGAAAAACGUGACCGUUCGACUGUGCAAUUGCAUCAUACUGCUCAUAGUUGCUUCAUUUGUCUAGACGCGCAGAAAUGUCGCAGGCGCCCAGUGCUUGAAGGAGUACCUCAUCAUUUCAAAUUUUAAUUACAUCAUCUUUUUGUUCUAUUUGCCCGAUUCGAGGCAAGUAGAACAAUGCAUUGCAUUCCGAAGACCAUCAGUCGCUCAGUAUCAGUCAUCAAUCCUUCGUUUGCAUAUAACGAAUCUUUCUGUGAAAUAUAACGGUUUUUAAUAGCAUGUCUACGAAUAUGGAAGAUUUUAUAAGUAUGAAAAGUUCAAAUGACUGUAGAUACGUAAUGAUGUUGAAGAGCAUGUUCGAUCGAGAAUUAUUUCCAAACGACUUCGACACCUGGACUGUACAGAAGCAAUGUGUGUGGAUAAAUGAGAACAUCGCUACAUUCUUUCCAAACGUUCCAAAGUCAUUGUUGAACCUCAUUCCAGCUUCUUUUAGCCAAGGAAAUUACAGUCGAUCACUGGUGGAAAUACCAGAAUGGUUGGACAUGGAUAAAUAUCGCAGGGGACAGAAAUUUGUGCGUGAAAAUUACGCUUCACUUAUCUUUACCAAAAUACUAGGUAUUAUGCACGUGUAUUCUUUUGAGGAGAAUUUAAAACCAAUAAUCAUAUCAAAGCGUUCUCAUACGCCAUAUUUAGGAUUUAAAAGAUAUUUCUCGACCAUACAACGAUUCUUUAAUUGGUACGACGGAGAGCCUUGGAUUAAAGGAACGCCAGCUUAUAAAGACAUGCAAUUUGCGCGCAGAAUGCAUUUAAUGAUUCAAGAAAAAUUGCACAAGCUCGAUAACGAGCAAAUCAAUAACGAGUCCAAAAUCGCGGAGCCGUGGUGUCCAGAUCGCAAACUUUUUCUAAAAGAUUUCGCCGCAUGUCCACUUGAACAACACGGACAACAUCCUUAUACCAUAAUGUACAAGUCGCCAUACAAGCCGAAAGGCAUGAAUAACGCAGAAAUGGCAGGCACACAAUGCAGUUUUAUAAGUUUAAUUUUGCUCUGUCCAGAAAAGAUCGGAGUGCAUAAUGCAACUAAUGAAGAUAUGGAAGCCUUUUGUCAUAUGUGGAGAUGUUACGGACAUUAUCUCGGGAUGGAGAAUGAGUACAACUUCUGUCGUGGCAGUCUCGAUGAAAUAAAGCAACGCACUCGAGAUUUUUAUCAAUAUUGGAUGAUAUCUAAUUUUAAGGAUGUUACACCCGAAUGGGAGCACAUGACGAGAUGUUUGAUCGAACCACUGAAUUACUGUCCUUGGGUCUAUAUACCUUAUAAAGUGAUGGCAUUAUUAGCAAUGGAUAUGUUAAAUAUAAACAUGACGCAUUUAUAUACGUCAAUGAAUUACACGGAAUGGCUUAUUUAUAAAAGCUAUAGAUUUGUAUUGCGUUACGUUUUAAAAUUUUCAAUCUUCCGUGCAAUUAUCAAUAAAAUGAUACGCAAGACAUUUAAUCAAGCAAUGAAUUUCAGCCCAGAAAACGAAGCAAAACUUAAAGAAAAAUCAGAAAAACAAUUAUCAUAUUUUUCUAUCAUUAAAAAUGAAACGCAAUUGCAUUAAAAAUGAAACACAAUUGUAUAAAUUUUGGAAAUAUUUCGGUUCAAAUAUACUUCUCAGUUACGCGCUCUUCGAACCAAUUUUUUAAAAUAAAAACAAAAAAACAACAAAAAACAAAGUAAAAUUUUAUACAAAA